AUGUUGAAAAGAACCGUGUCGAAGAGGUCAGGAAACAACACAGACUUCUCCACCAAGCAGAAGCAGCAGGAAAGACUCACGGAGGACCAUCAGAUGUUCCACAAGUUCCAGUUUUAUGUGAUCAAAGCUGGAGAAGAGCUCGGAAGCUUCAAAGAUACAGCCACAAAGCAGAAGCUGAUGAAUAAAACUCUUGAAGAUUGUUUGAAACUUGAAGUAGAAAAUGGACCACUGAGUGUUUUGGACACAACAAUUGACAUUCACAUUAAAGAGUUUUGA